AUGAUGCUCCUCGGAGGUGAUGCUCCUCGGGAGGUGAUGCUCCUCGGGAGACAGAGUGAGAGCAAUGGACCUGGACUGCUGACUCACUCGGGUCCGGGGCCCCCGGGAGCCCACGAGCCCCCCGUUGUCCCCUCCCUUCCAGCGCUGGGACCCAGGAGCAUAAUGAUCCGUGGCCCCCCGACCCCUCUGCACCCCGCUGCCCCCACCAGGAGAAUCCUCCAGACGGAGUCAUCCACCCACCACCUCUUCCCCACCUUCCAGCCCCCCCUCCCCAUCGACAUGCGGCACCACGAGGGACGCUACCACUACGAGUCCCACGCGCUGCACGCCAUGCACGGCCCUGCAGGUCUGGCCGGCUGCCCCGUGAUCUCCGACAUCUCCCUGAUCCGCCUGUCCUCCGCCGCCGUGGCAACGGCCGACUCGCCCUUCAGUCCGCACCACCCGUACACCGUCAGCCCCCACAUGGAGCAGUACCUGCGCUCGGUGCACGGCGGCCCCUCCCUGUCCAUGCUGUCUGCGGCCAGAGGACUCAGCCCGGCGGACUGUGAGUGGUCUCCUCCCCCCCAUGCGCCGGUUAUUGUGGAGGUCAAAGGACCCGCAUGGAGCAACAAGGACCCACGUGGACCAACAAGGACCCGUGUAGACCAACAAGGACCAACGUGGACCAACAAGGACCCACGUGGACCAACAAGGACCCGUGUAGACCAACAAGGACCCAAGUGGACCAACAAGGACCCACGUAGACAAACAAGGACCAACGUGGUCAAAAAACUAAAUACCUUUUUUAUAAUGUUUUCAUUGAUUUUUGUAUUUCCUAUUCUUUCCAUUUCAAAUAUGAAAUGUUUUCCAUCCCCCCUCCCCUCAGCGUCCCGGUUCUCCCGUCCCAGGACGCCCCCCCGGCCGAGCAGGAAACGUGCCCUGUCCAUGUCGCCGUUGUCGGAGGCCAGCAUCGACCUGCACGCCAUGAUCCGCUCCUCCCCCAGCUCGCUGGUGGCCUACAUCAACAGCUCGCGCUCUGGCUCCGCCUCCAGCAGCUCCUACGGACACCUGUCGGUGGGGGGGUUCAGCCCGUCCUUCCCCUUCCCUCCGCCCAUCAACCCGAUGGCGUACCAGCAGCUUCUCGCUCAGCAUCGAGGGCUGAACGCCUUCGGCUACACGCCGCCUCUCCUCCAGGCUCCGCCCUCUUUUUGCGGCCCCCAGCCGGGUCUCGGCCCGCCGCUCCACGGGCGCGACCUGCAGACCAAAAACCACAGCGGCGAACCGGCGGUCAGCAGCACAGUCGAGCCCGCCGUCACCAAGAGGUCAAAGGUGAAGACGGAGGCGGAGCGUUGGAGGCCGCUGUCUCCUUGUUCCCCGGUCCACCGCGGCCCGCCGGACCGGAAGGACGAGGCGGAGCGGGACGAGUGCAAGCCGGAGGCCGAGGCCGCGUACGAGACGGACUGCCACUGGGACGGCUGCAGCCGGGAGCACGAGAACCAGGAGCAGCUGGUGCAGCACAUCAACAACCACCACAUCCACGGCGAGAAGAAGGAGUUCGUGUGCCGCUGGGACGCCUGCUCACGGGAGCAGAAGCCCUUCAAGGCUCAGUACAUGCUGGUGGUCCACAUGCGCCGGCACACGGGGGAGAAACCACACAAGUGCACGUUCGAGGGCUGCUCCAAAGCCUACUCCCGACUGGAGAACCUCAAAACUCACCUGCGCUCCCACACCGGAGAGAAACCCUACGUCUGCGAGCACGAGGGCUGCAACAAGGCCUUCUCCAACGCCUCGGACCGGGCCAAGCACCAGAACCGCACGCACUCCAACGAGAAACCGUACGUCUGUAAGCUCCCCGGCUGCACCAAGCGCUACACGGACCCCAGCUCCCUCCGGAAGCACGUGAAGACGGUCCACGGCCCGGAGGCCCACGUUACCAGGGGGCAGCGCGCCGCCCCGCCCCCCCCCGGACCUCCCUCGCGGCUGCCGAGGGACAGCGGUGAGGAGGCGGCGGGGAGGCGCAGGAGGUCGGAGCGCGGUGGCGUGGAGGACUACCUGCACCUCAGGUGCAUCAAGGCGGAGCCCCCCGUGGUGAGAAGGAGCCCCCCGUCCUCUCCUCUGUAGUAACCAGCCCCCUUUGUGCUGCUUGAUGAUCGCUCUCCUUUCUUCUCCCCUCACGGACAGACUUUGUUAAGGUGAGCUCACCUGUGGCUUGUUAUCACCUGACCCCCCCCAUCUCACUGCAUCA